AUGGCUGUACAAGUUGAUAGGCCAAUCGAGCUAGAAGAUCUCGAUACCUUAAAAGCAGAGCUUCAGGAACUUCGGAAGGAGUGCUCCCAACUGGACUGCGAGUUGAGGAGCACCAAGCGAAGCUUGUCAGCCGCCAAGGUACGGCAAGAGGAGCUGCAACAGAAGGUAGAUCUUCGAGAAGCCGAAAAUACAGAGAUCUCCCAGAAGUUGGGCUCCGCUGAGAAGGACUUUACAGAUCUUCAGCACUGGCGGCAAAAAACCAAGGAGCAGGCACAAAAGGCAAAGGAGCUGCAAGAGGGUAUCGAGACCGAGCGCCAGAACAGCGAUGCGCGCAUUGCUGAACUCCGACAGAUGGUCCAGCGCCAAGGACGUCCCAAUUCGGCUAAGGCCGAUGAGGCCGAGGAGACCCGACGCCGGCGCAUCGCUCUGGACGACACAUGUGGGCGGCUGCAGAUCCUCCGGGACUACAUCUUGGGGUCUUUACCAGACAUGGAGCCCAAAGAGCUCGAGCUCCUUCUCCAAGAUGAGGAAGAGCACCCGAAGGAAGACGACUCAAACAUUGACACUGAGAUUGCAGAUCAGGUCAUGAAAGAUCUACAGCAGGAGCAUGAUAACGCCAUCAAGGAACUCGUGGAGAGCGUCAACAGUUUGAUCGACAAGAAGAAUAACACAUGGAAAAAGAUCAAUAAAGGUAUUUUGCCCUUGUGCCUUUUGAGACUUGAACGCUGUGCUCCACAAGAUCACACAACCAUUCGCGAGGUUCUCGACGCGGCAGCUGCGCUGUGCCGCGUCCGUGUGCAGCAGGGAGAUGAAACGCUUUGGAAAGCGAGGGUGCCAGAAGCAGAUGGCAAGCUGGAUACUGCAGAAGGUGAGCCCUCCUAG